CUGCUGCGGGGCCGGCGGUCUCUGCGCGGCAGCCUGCGCCGUGCUGCGAGCGGGGCCUGUCCCUCCCGAGGCUCCUCGUCCGCUGCGAGCGGUGGCGGGCGUGUCUUGUGCCCGGGUCAGGAGUGCUGGGUCGGGCCGGGCGGACGUCCUGUCCCGUCCCGCGAGCCGUCCUUGCCUCUGGCCGGGCAGCGGCUAGGGCUCUGCUGGCUCGGACCGUGUCGCGCCCAGCCUGUUUCACGACGCUGGGAGUCUGGGCGGUGGCGGCACUGCGCGGCAGUUUGAAGCACAGCUAUUCUUUGCGUGUUCGCAGUGGGUCGAUUGGCCCAGGGCUCUCCCUUUGCGCAGAGCGCGCUGAAGUGGAUCUGUCUCUGCCUCGGCUGUCCUGUCUUACAAACCUUCCAGCUGCGCUGAUUUUAGCGUUGGCCUGUGGCUUUUCAGCUGCCGAGUCCUUGUCCUCCUACUUGAAUCUCAUUUCAACACAACCCCUGCCCAUCUAAGCGGUUAGCCGAGGAACAGAGAUGGUAGUAUUGUUGGUUCGCUGCUGUGCCCGCCUGCCCAUUCAGGGGACGGUCCAGCCCGUUCGGCACGUGUGGCUGGGAUGCUGUCAGAAACGGCUGUUGACUCGCUUGUCAGCGUGUCCGUGCCGUUCGGGUGUUGUCCCCAUCUGGACAGCUCCUGCUGAGCGCGGACAAUGCACGAGUUCCUAAAGAGCCUAGAGCGGCUGCUCGUCCCGCAGCGGUUGGGUGUCUGCAGUACCUGCCUCUUCCAGGUCUAGCACCUGCUGGACCUGGACAGGUGAUGUUUGCACAGAGGCUGAUGCGCGGGUGCCAGCUGUGUUGGAUUUGGUGUUAUUUCUUACUCGGGUUGACACCAGAAUCUGGAAACCAGAGAAACGAAGAGUCGCAGAGGCAGUGUCUGAGGUCUCUCCCGUUGUCUCCAGUGAGCGUUCCCUCCUGUCCGUUCCAGCCCCAGGUACGGUGCAGCACACCAGGCGCCAUGUACUGUGAGAGCAGUGAGAUGGCCAGUCCCCUGAUGAGCAUGGCAAAGGAGGGGGGCUGGUUUAAGCAUCCAGGAUGGCAUGUGUCCAAGCCCUUGCUGUUCCAUAAGGAAGUGAUGGAUCCUCUGACUUGCCUUACUGCUCCGCUGGAUGUAAGAAGCCUGGAGUCUGAGAUGACCGAGCUAGGCAGCCCGAUUGCCGAGGUGGAAUCCUACGCACACAGGACAGCAGAUCACUCGGCCAGCUUUGCAGCUUUCUUCCCUGACGAGCAGGAAGACAUGGAGAUACCAGUGGCUGGAAACCAGUCUUCCAGUAUGGCUGUUCUGCUCUCUGGGCCCCUCCUCACACAGGACAUCAACGUCAGUGAGGUCUCUGUGAACAGAAGCCGCCUGUACCGCUCUCCAUCAAUGCCGGAGAAAUUGGACAGGCCAGCACUGAAGCGAAUAGUGAAGGGUCAGGAUAAUGAAACUCCUGUUAAGGUGAAACGGAGAUGCAGCCUGAUCCAGGAAGAACCGGAGGGGGGAGCAACUCUGAAGAAGACGGCUUCACUCUCCGACAUGGAGAUCACCAAAAUCCUGGAUCAGGACCACGGCCUCAGACAACUCAUUGGGGACUUCUCCAAGGUGUAUGCGCUGCCUACAGUGACAGGAAGGCACCAGGAUCUACGAUAUAUCAUCCCGGAGACUGUGGCUGCUCUGCUCUUUGGGCAAUUCCAAAGCCUCAUUGAGAUGUUCUACAUCAUUGACUGCCGCUACCCCUAUGAGUAUCUAGGAGGGCACAUCAAGGGUGCUCUGAACCUCCACAGGCAAGAAGACCUCUUUGAGUUGUUCCUGAAGAGGCCUCUCUUCCCAUCCAUGCCACAGAAACGCAUCGUCCUCGUGUUCCACUGUGAAUUCUCCUCGGAGAGGGGCCCCAAGAUGUGCCGUUAUCUGAGGGAGGAAGAUCGAGCCAUGAAUGAGUACCCUGCACUGCAUUAUCCUGAGAUGUAUGUCCUGAAGGGAGGCUACAAGGAGUUCUUCCCUGAGUACAAGGAGCUGUGUGAACCCCAGAGCUACUGUCCAAUGCACCACCAGGACUUUAAGACAGAGCUGCUGAAAUUCCGCACCAAGAGCAAGUCCUGGGCGGGAGAGCGGAAGAGACGAGACCAGAUCACUCGCCUCAUGAAGCUGUGAGGGCCACAGCAGCUACUAGAGUGCCACCACUUACUCUGACGUGGGCUACGCUCUUAGUGAGAGGCUGGGAACCAGGAGCCUGCCUCAUCCUCUGGCACCUGCAGCCAUCUUCAGCCAUCUCGGGUGACAGGAAACGUGAGGAGGAGGCUUGUUGAAAAGAUGUCAGUGGUGCUGUGUUUAGACAUGCCUGUAUCUGAGCACGGAGCCCGUGCAUGGAGGGUGGGCAGAGUGGACCCUGCUCGCAGAACAGGCAGUGGGAAGGCCGGUUCUCGCCCGUGUCCGUGCUGCCCUGCCAUUGCAAGACAGGGCAGGGAAUGUCCCAGCCAGAGCUCUUCCCCCCGUCCUCCUGGCACAGCAGGAGCCCCCACGUUCCUUCUUGGUAUUUACUCUCGGUUUUGCAGUUAAUCAUAACUUUUGAAAAGAAGAAUAAACAGUUUUAAAAGACUGAAA